AUGACACCAAAGAGAUCUCGCAAGAGAGUGAAGCCCAGCCCUGGCGAGGACUCACCGUCCCCCGCGUCUCCGAACAAUGCUGCCCGAGAUCGCUCGGGCUCCAAGUCUCAAGGGCCCGCCACCUGGUACCCUGGAAAUUGGUCGGCCAUCUCGCGGGUGUCCAAGGCGGCUCCAGUUACCGAGGUUGCCCGUGAGAGCAUAUCCGUCGCUCAAAACGUAGCCUCCAGCGUCGCGGGCACCUCCGCCUCUCUCCUCGAUACCUCCAAACAGAUACAUCCGUCUAUUCAACUGACCCGAAAGGCAGGGGCGUCAACUCGAUCACUGCCCGCCGAUGCGACUACGACCAGGGUCAACAUUGUGUCGGACGCAUCGGCCUCCACAACGGCUUUGGAUAAGCUUGAAGCUCCGGCAGCUACAGGAACGUCAACGCCCGACAAAGAGACUACUGAAGAAGAACCCUUAAAGCCCGUAGAGAAACCAGCAGAAGCACAAGAGCCCGUCUCUAAUAACGCUGGCACCGAUCCCAACACGUCACAAGCAGAUCAUACUGAGGCAUCUGGCGGGUGGUUUUCUUGGCUACACAGGGCAGGCAAUACCGAAAAGAGCGCUGGCCCGGAGUCUGCAGAGACGGCAGAAACACAGUCUGACCAGGACCAGACUACGAAGCAGACCGACACACAGCCAACCACUCAAGACUCGCCCGCGCCGGAGGACCAACAGGUACAACAGCCAGAUCAGGUUUCACUACAGGCCAAUACUAUAACCGAGACUGCUUCCACCGCCCAGAAGCGUUCUUGGCUGCAGAUGUGGUACGGAUCGGCCUCAUCGAGUAAGCAGGGAGAGCAGGCUACGGUGGAACCGAGCAAAGCCUCUCCGGCAGAGCCCCAAAUAUCGGUGAAUGAAGACGUGAAUAUGUCACCUAAAGAUCCGGAAGAAGAACAUGAAGAGGCAGCUGAUCCGCCAAAGCCUCCUGCUGAAAACACAAGAUCCUUUGGGUGGUCAUUCUGGUCUAAAGAUUCGAAAGACCCGUCUGUUCAGAAACCACAGCAUGUUGAAGGAGUCGAAGCGACAAUCGAUCAAAACUCCCCGCCACGGGAGACAUCGCUUGAGCCGGACCCGGAAACCAAUGUCAACAUUACCAAGAAAAGCAGUGUCAAUGUCAAGCCGCUCAAGGACAAGAGUGCUAAAGAUGGGUCUGUCUCUGCUAUGGAAGCAACCUCUGCAUCCGCACCACUUGCCGAGCCUCGACCAGCCGACGUCACUGCUUCAAAGCAACUACAGAAAAUCCUCCCCAACCAAGUGCUUCCACGCUUCGAAGACACGUAUAAUUUAGAAGAAUCGCCAACCAUUUUGCAAUCUCUUGGUCGAUUCCUUCAUUACACCAAAGGCCCGGAACACAAGCAUGUGUUGCGAGUCAAAGAACCUCCUCGUAUCAAGCGAGCCUUGGCCAUUGGCGUUCAUGGCUAUUUCCCCGCGCCUCUGAUCCGGAGCGUGUUGGGUCAGCCUACGGGUACAUCCAUUCGAUUUUCAAAUAUGGCCGCGGAGUCUAUUCGAAAAUAUACGGCUGAUCAUGGCUACUCUUGUGACAUUGAAAAGAUUGCAUUGGAAGGAGAAGGUCGCAUCUCCGAACGAGUGGACCUGCUAUGGAAGCUACUUCUCAACUGGAUGGAAGAGAUUCGAAAGGCUGAUUUUAUCAUGCUUGCUUGUCACAGUCAAGGCGUGCCAGUCUCAAUCAUGCUGGUUGCAAAGUUGAUAUCCUUUGGCUGCAUCAACGCCUCGCGUGUGGGCAUCUGUGCCAUGGCAGGUGUGAAUAUGGGCCCCUUCUCCGCAUAUCGAUCUAGAUGGAUCAGCGGAUCAGCUGGUGAGCUCUUUGAAUUUGAGCUACCUUUCAGCAAAGUCUCCAAAGACUACGAGGCUGCAUUGAAAUGUUGUCUUAACUUUGGUGUUCGCAUAUCAUAUGUUGGAAGUAUCGAUGAUCAAUUGGUCUCACUUGAGUCUGCCCUAUUCUCUCCAAUAUCCCACCCAUAUAUCUACCGGUCCGUUUUCGUAGACGGCAGAGUUCACGCUCCGAGCUUCCUCUCGCAUCUUGUUGGAUUCGCUCUCAAGCUUCGAAACCUUGGGGUCCAAGAUCAUGGGCUUAUUCGCGAACUCAGCAGUCCAUUGGCUGGCAGUCUCUACACCGGGGAGGGACAUUCCCGUCUGUACGAUGACGAAGCCGUGUACUACAUGGCCAUCCAAUUUGCCCAGGAAACCUCCACUGUCCCAGACGCCAGCCUACACAUCAAAAGGUCCGGCCCGGCCAUCCCCAACCCAUAUAUCCUGCCGUUCGCCAUGCGUGGCCUUUUGGAAGAAGAACAUGUGCGGCGCGAGCUACAAGAAGAAAUGAUGGAGCUCCUGCGCCAGUUCGAUGACUGGAAGCCGUCAAGCAAGGUCUUGAAGGAUGUCAAGUUCCGACUUGAGGGAAUCCGGUCAAAGCUAUAG